UGUUUCAUAGAUCAUGACCUUUGAACUAAAAUGGCGUCCGAGACAAACACGAAAACUGCCCGGAAAAGUUCGGACCACUCAAACGGCGUACUUUGGGCUCUAAACGAGCAGAGAAUCCAGGAGAAGUUUUGUGAUGUAGUUCUUGAAGUAGAGGGGCGAAAGAUUCUGGCCCACCGUAACGUGUUGGCGGCCUGUAGUCCCUACUUCGAUGCCAUGUUCGGUGGUAACAUGGCCGAAAGCCGCAGCAGUCAGGUGACACUGACUGAGGUUAGUCCUGGUGCUGUGAGUAAAGUCAUUGAGUACAUGUACACUGGGCAAGUACACGUGGACUCCGAACACAUAGACGAAGUGCUGCAUGCGUCAGACUUAUUUCUCAUGACAGAAGUAAAACUGGAAUGCCAGAAUGUCCUCCAAGAUAUGCUCGACUCCAAUGACGCCGUCCAGUGCCUUCGAAUCCGAAAUCUAGCAAAGCUUUACAACAUGAGAACACUGGAAGAAAAGGCCAUGACUUUCGUACACCAAAACUUUAGUGAGAUUGCAAAGAGAGAGGACAUACUACAAACGUCCAUUGAAGACAUGCGCGCUCUCUUGUUCGACGACCACAUCCAAAUCGAGAGCGAAGAAUCUGUCUUUGAACUUGUCCUGCAAUGGAUUCGGUACGACGAAGGUAACCGAAAACACUACCUCACCGAAUUGCUGAAUUUUGUUCGAUACGGGGAUAUCAACAAAGACUUCUUGUCGAAAGUAAGAAUGGAGGACUUGAUUCGCGACAGCGAAGAAUGCCAACUAAUCAUCGACAACGUCAUGUCGAAGUUUCGAACUGAGCUAGAGGCGACCCCUGGUAUGAAGACAAGAGGAGGGAGGCUGAAAGAAGUACUAAUGAUGGCAGGUGGUUACCUUAACGCGUCUAAUGAACAAAGGUACCCGAUACAGUACGCUCAGGCAUAUGUGAUAGAAGAAGGAAAGUGGAUGGGACUUCCACGGCUACCCUCAGCCCAAGGGGCCUAUGGCACAACUGAACUUCACAGAAAAGCUUAUUCUGUAGGAGGACUCUUCGCUAGACCUGUAGGAACAAGAACAACUGCUAUAGUCAGUAGUGUUAAAGCGUAUUGUUAUGACUCGUUGUCAAACGCGUGGACACAGGUUGCGGAUAUGAACGCGCCUAGGGCGUAUCCGGGUGUGGCAGCUUGUGGGGGGCAUUUGUACGCCAUCGGGGGGCUGAGUUCCGGGGGACUUCAUCGUAACAACACGGUAGAGAGGUACAGUCCUAAAGAUGACCAAUGGCAGCACGUCGCAUCCAUGAACAUCGCUCGCUUCAAUGUUGCAACCGUUGUCAAGGACGACCGGUACAUCUACUGCAUCAGUGGGAAAGAAUCCAUGGUCACCACCAGCCAGGCCGUGGAAGUAUACGACACCGAGACAAACCGAUGGCGAUUCCUCCCUCCUGCACCAAUCACCUUCGAGGAAGUACCCUUAGUGGAAGUCCACCCUGGCGACGGCAUGAUCCACUUGUACAGCAUUGGCCAACCGGAGUGCAUCUUUGACCCAGAGAGCGAAUCAUGGACCGAAGUAUCGGACCACACCAUACCACAUCUUCCUGACGGCUCUGUGAGAAGAAAAGCGGCAUUACAUGUUGAAAAUGGAGUAAUUCACAUAUGGGGUGGCCACGACGGAAACAAGGGCAAUAGGAUCUGUUCUAGUGGGUUUGUGUACAGAGAUAGAAUAUGGACAGCUAUGAAUACUGGUGGGAUGACUACCAUGUCAGCUGCCUUCUGUAAACUCAGGUUACCAGUAGAAUUCCUGAGAGGACUACACAGUAAACAGUAACAGAUACUGAUGAAGUCAGUGACUUACAAAUUGAUGCAUGUUCUCAGAAGACGUACAUUUGUUUUUGUACAAAUUCCUUUGCAAUAAAGAAAGGAUGCCAACAUUUGUAAUAUUGAAGAUCAUAUAUAUUAUUAAAUUUGAUAAGUUAGUGUACCUUCUACUACAUAACAUUACUUCCACUCUCUAAUCUUUCUUCCCCUCUAUAUACUAGUAGAUAGCUAAAUACAAUGCAUCCUCCUACACACUGUCCCCAACGGCGCUGGCCGAUUAGCUAGGAGGAUGCGUAGGAGGAUGAAUACAAUGUUAUUACUUAUAUAACAGAAAUAUAGGUACACACAUUUGACAUACUAAGGUAUUAAAUUUUUGUCUCCUUA